AGAACUUAAUUCAUUGUUGCCUUAACCCUUGACAACUUUUACCUAAAUUUUAUUCUGGAUCAAGUUUGUAAUUGUUUAUCAUGCUUUCUUCAACUAUAAAAUGUAGUCGUUGGGUUGUAUCAUUAGAUACAUCCAAAAUUAUCAGCAGAUUUGUACAUCAUGCAUCAGCCGCCGAGAAAGUUCUGAUUAAAACCAAAGUUGAGGAUCUAACAAAAAGGAUUUUGGAUUACAGAUAUGCAUAUCCAGAAUUUUUGCCAGAUCCUAACGUUAAAUUUAGGAACCGUAUUAGAGAAAAAUUGGAACGCAUUGAUAUGGUAACAAGACGGACACAAAUUGAUAUACCUGAAUUUUAUGUUGGGUCCAUAUUGGCAGUUUAUUCUGCUGAUAAACACACACCAGGAAAAAUACAAAGAUUUGUUGGAAUUUGCAUUAAAAGAGGUGGUUGUGGGUUACGGUCUUUUUUUAUAAUAAGAAAUGUUAUAGACCACCAAGGUGUUGAAAUCUAUUAUGACAUGUAUGACCCAACACUUCAUAAAGUUGAGGUUUUAAAAUUGGAAAAAAGACUAGAUGAUGAAUUACUGUACCUAAGGGAUGCUUUGCCAGAAUACAGUACAUUUGAUGUUAACAUGGAAGCUCAAAUUUUACCUGAUGAUGCCUCAGUACCAGUGAAUCCAAUUAAAGUUAAGUUAAAACCCAGACCAUGGCUUGAAAGAUGGGAACGGAAGAAUUUGAAGGGGGUCCAAGACCUUGAGUUACCUGAGAGAUUCUAUAUCAAAGCCAAAAAAUUAGAAAAACCUUGGGAAAAGUAUGAUUUAAUGAAAGAAUAUAUGCGAACAAUACCUGAAGAAGAACAGGUAGAAAUAUUCAGUGAAGUUGAAGCUGAACUGCACAAAUUAGAGCUUCAGAGAAAGAAACUAAAAAGGAGACGGGUUAUCGUCAAACCAACCAAAUUAUCAUAAUAAGUUUACAUGGUUUAUUAAAACACAUAGAUCAUGGUCUGUAAUUAGAUUUACAUUUUCCAAUUAUUGACUUUUAAUAUAUAACAGAACUUUGCAGAUUUUAUUUUUUUUAAUACUUGAUUAUUUCUUUAGUUGAAUAAUAUUUAAUGAAUGUGCCAAUAAAAACAAAAAAUAUCCUGAAGGGUGGA